AACCAGCAGCAGGUCAAGACGGCACGGUCCGUAUCUCUUUGCUGGCCUCAUUGCGCUACUGAGGCCUUUCAAUACAAAUGACCGGGGGCGCCAUCUUUAAGCAGCUUUGUUUCUUGGUCUAGUUAACUGUCUAUACUAAACACUGUCACGAUUAAGCGAUAAUCAAAGUACUAGGGUACGCAAGGCGGGCCAAAAUGACCAUGGACGACUUCCAAUUUCUAGACAGCUUUAAAAGAAAGCAAAUAAAAAUAACACUCAAAACAGCGACUUUCAUUGGCGUCGUGCAGCGGAUAAACCUCAACAAAACAGUAGUUUUGGAUGAAGUUGUUGAUGUCAAGAGAGGGAGGAAGUUCCCUGGUGUGAAACUUUUCUUUGGACAUGAAAUACUAAAUGUGGAAUUUCCCCAUGCAUCAAAGAGUGACAAGGGGGAAGCCAGUGAACAUAGAGCAGAAGGUCACCUGACCGUGGCAGAGUUUCAGCCUUAUAGGAAGAACUUCAGACUGGAUGAUGAUGAUAAUGAGGAGAAUUAUGUUGACUUUGUGGUCAUUGAAGAGUUUCAUGAGAAGUUUGGGCCUGCAGUGAUGCACAUCCGGAAACAACAGGUGAUUGGCUUAGGAGCUGAUGGAGUUGGGGCUUUCCAGCAUGAGAGACUCUGUUGGUUACAGAUAGCCACCAAGAACAAAGUGUACCUGUUCGACAUCCUGUUGCUUGGAGUUAGAGCUUUCAAGAAUGGCCUUUCUAUGAUCCUGGAGAAUAAGCAUAUCCUGAAGGUCACCCAUGACUGCAGGAGCAUCACUGCAUGUCUAUUGGCUCAGUUUGGAGUCAACCUCACCAACGUGUUUGACACACAGGUGGCGGAUGUGAUGUGCUUCUACUCAGAGAGCGGGGGCUCUCUCCCGGACAGGGUGAGCACCCUGCAGGAAGUGGUGAGCAUCCACCUCCAGAUGCCUCCCUCUGGCCUGGCCUCCCUCAGGAUCAGGUCCCAGAUCACGCAGGAGGACUCGGAGGUGUGGUACGUGCGGCCCUGCCCCGUGGCCCUGCUGAAGGUCAUGGCUCUGGGGGUGGUGCACUUACUGCCUCUCAGGCUGGUGCUGCUGGACGCGCUCAUGGCCGAUUACACAGGCCUGGUGGACUCCUACCUGAGAGCCAGCCAGGAGCCUGUCCACACUCAGCACAUCGGCACUAGCUGUGUGCUGGAGCUUCCUGGGGAGCUGAGGGAGCUGGAGUGGAUCCGUCGGCAGCGGCAGGAGAGAGCCCUGGAGCUGUACCCCGUCACCGAGCAGGGCCUGCUGCAGCGCUCCAACCCCCGGGCCCACACCCCUCCCCCAGCCCAGACUCCACCACACCCCCCUGCCCCCCCAGCCCAGACCCCACCACACCCCCCUGCCCCCCCAGCCCAGACCCCACCACACCCCCCUGCCCCUCCAGCCCAGACCCCACCACACCCCCCUGCCCCCCCAGCCCAGACUCCACCACACCUCGCUGUCCCUCCAGCUCAGACCCCACCACACCCCCCUGCCCCUCCAGCCCAGACCCUACCACACCCCCCUGCCCCUCCAGCCCAGACCCUACCACACCGCCCUGCUACCCCAGCCCUGAAACCCCAGCCCACAGCAUCAGGGCUCCAGGCCCCAGUGGACCGUCUCCAGCCCAGAGACAUCCGGACAGCCUCUGGCCUGCCCCCUGUCCUGAACCCAGCGACCCCAGCCCUGGAGGCCAGGCAGAUCCUCAGGAAACAGCUGUCCACGACCAGCCCUGCGGCUCCAGCUGGAGGCCUGGGCCUCAUGGAGAUAGUCCUGGACACAAUGGGCAGAGGGAGGCCCCUGCAGAGUGGAGCGUCACCCUCCCUGCCAGCCUUCCCUGCCCUUGGACAAGGCCUCUGUCUCCAGGCACAAGUCCCCACAGAGGGCCCUGGAGGUACCCAGAAAGCCCCUGUCUCUCCAGGGAAGAUGGCAGGGGCCUCUCCUGGCUCAAGAUCCAGCCUGGUCCCCAGCCCUCCCCAGGGAGGGCUGGUCCAGCCCCUGGUCUCCAGCACCCUGCCUGGGGAUGUCCCUGGCUUGGGGAGGGGAGGGCUGGUCCAGCCCCUGGUCUCCAGCACCCUGCCUGGGGAUGUCCCUGGCUUGGGGAGGGCCUCCCUCCUCCACAGUCCCCUCACCUCACCUCUCAGCCUGUCCUUCAGAUCCUUCAGAAACACCUAAAAUAACCCGCCCUGUGAAAGGUUGUUUUCCGUGUGAAAUGUUUGCAGUAGUCCAGUAGAUGGCGGUAAAUAGUCAGUUUUGGGACUAAAACGAAAACGGGUCAAACAUUGGUGUGGUUUGAUUUCUUAUGAUGUUGGUGUUAGAGGCACAAACCUGUUUUGUCUAUCAUAAAGACACUUAAAAAAUGUGUUGAUCUGUUAUAUGCCAUAUUGAACAAUAUGUAAUUUGGUGUUCUUGCAUUUGUGUUUGCAUUGUUCACCGAUUUAAUUUGAUUGAUUUAAUUGUUCACUUGAAAGUAAGUUGUUUUGGGUCCUGCGUUCUGAAUAAACUAGUUUGGGAAACA